CCAAUGUGCAGGACACGUAAACGUUAGUGUUAAGUGUUGUUGAAACGAACGCGCAGAGCAAAAGCAACAUUAUUCGCACAUAUAAAAUACAAUUGGAAUACAGUGAAGUGCCAGCGCGUUGCUCAUGAAGAAGAAACAUAAAAUAAGUUAAACAAAUUACAAAAUAACAAAAUAAAAUAAAAGUGUGUGAAUUUUAUUUAGUUUUACGAAAAUAUUGCAACUAAAUAAUAAUUGUGUGCAACUGACAAAAUUUUACGGGCGCGUCUUUACUUAAACAACAAAUUACAACAAAAAAACGCUUACUUCACGUGAUAAACGCACAGCAGCCGUGACAGUAGCCGAGCAGCCGAAGUGCGCGUUGCCUAUUAUUUGGUAUCCACAAAUUGGAACUCUCAUAAAUGCCACGCCGCGAGUGCACAACACUUGCAACACAAAUGAAAAUUUAUUAGCAUUUAAUUUGAUUUGAUUAAAUGUGUAUACUUAACAGUGUGGCAGUGGCGCAAAGCCAGCGAAACGAACACAAUUGAUUGGCAGCGGUCAAGUGUAUAUAUUUCCGGAAAAAGUAUACACAGGCCUUGUGGCAAGUGCGCCGCGUGUAAAUUGUAUGUGCUUUUGUGCAAAUUUUACGAACUAAACGAGCGCUGGUGUAUGCCGAAAAUAGCAAAUAACGGUCAGAGGACUAAAACAGACGCAUACAGGCAGCGCCAGUCGCCAAAAGUACGACACGAAGGAGCAAACGCCGAAGUCUAAGCAUUUUGCUGUGUGUUGCACGGUUUUGUACUGGCUUUUUGGUGCUUUUGUGGGCGAAUGAACGAGCGAGUGGCAGAGCCAAAAUUAAAGUCGAAAAAUACUUCGUGAAAAAUCAAGCGAAAAACGCAAGGAUUUGUGGCAAACGAACUUUAACGAAACGAAAAGCUGAGUGAAACACGCGUGGAAAAUUAAUAAAGUUCAAGCAGUUGUAUAAAAAAAUUGUAAAAAUACAACAAAAAUAUAAAAAAGUCAAUUUAUGAAAAAAAGCAAAAUUUUUGUAAAUAAAUGACUUAAAAAAUUGCGAUGAUAAUAAUUAAUUAAAAAGUUAAAUUUAUAAAAAAUACUAAAAAUUUUCAAAAAUUAUUAUACAAGUAAAUUUAAAGUUAAAAAAAAUUAAUUAAUAUAAAACUAAAUAAUUGAAAUACUACGUAAAGAAUACAAUAAAUACGUAAAACGAAAAGUAAUUAAUUCCAACACUAAAAACAGCAUGUUGCACAUAUGUGUUGCAAGCCAUGUUGCACGUAUGUUAAAGUAACGCACAUUAAAAUAAAAACAAUGCAAAUUGCAGCCAACAAGCGCACAUUAAUUAUUAAAAAACAUUAACUCUACAAGGCCUUGUGGCAAGUGUCGCGUUAUGUGUGCAACUAAAAGUGUAUAGUAAAUGUUAAAAUCGCACAACAAUGCGCAAAACAACAAUUCAAACUGUAACUGCAAGCAUUUGAGGCCAUAAAUAAAACGCGUUUGAGCGCUUAAACCAUAUUUGACACACACCAACAACACCACUACUUGCAACAUCCUAUUUAAUUUUUAAUUGCACAGCACUUUUUUGCUAAAUUCUUACACAAUGGCCAACUACUAUUUACAAAAACAACAAAGUACACAAAAAUUCUACCAACAUGCCACACUAGUCAUCACCGUGCUGCUAACGCUCAUAGCUGGCGGCAAUAUGCAGCAGCAACAGCAGUUGAUGCAACAAGCGCCCAGCUUGCAGCAGCAGCAGCAACAACAGCAACAGCUGCAUGCAAGCAAUACGAAACAGCAGUCACAGCAAGCGCAGCAGCAUCAGCAACACUCCAACGCCAUUAUGGGCGAGGCGGGCGUGACCAAUUCACAGUUGCCGCAACCGCCUACGGCGACACAUUAUGGUGGCGCCAAUCUGCAGCCGGGUCUGGCAGGCGGCAUGCUUGCCGGCACUGCAGCGCAGGAUCCACGCUAUGAUGCGCCCGAUGAUUGCCAUUUUUUGCCCGCGGCCGGGCCGGAUAAUCCAGAAAUAGCGCUCACCUGUAAUCUGCGUACGGUCAAUAGCGAAUUCGAUACAACCAAUUUCAGUGUGAUACCCGCCGAGCAUACGGUGGCGUUGCAUGUCUUGUGCAACGACGAAAUUAUGGCGAAGAGCUCACUGGAGGCGCGCUCCUUUGCGCAUUUGGUGCGUCUGCAGGAGCUCUCCAUCCAAUACUGCAAAUUGGCCAAGUUCAAUCGGCAUGUGCUGGAGGGUUUGGCACAGUUACGCAAUCUCACGGUGCGCACCAAUAAUAUACUCUGGCCCACGAUCAAUUUCGACAUUGAAGCCGAUGCUUUUGCGGUGGCCAAGAAUUUGGAACGUUUGGAUUUGUCAUCGAAUAAUAUCUGGUCCUUGCCGGAUAACAUCUUUUGUGCGCUGAGCGGUUUGUCAUCGCUGAAUAUGAGCGAGAAUCGUUUGCAGGAUGUGAAUGAGUUGGGCUUUCGUGAACGCACACGUGAACAAGCGGCUAAUACAGAGCAUUCCACCGCAGCAACGCCUGAAGUGUCGACGAGUCGCCAGCAAACUGGCAGCAGCGCUAGCAAUACCAGUUGCAAUUUGGAUUUGGAGAUACUAGAUGUAUCUUACAACCAUUUUGUGUUGCUACCUGCUAACGGUUUUGGCACUUUGCGCCGUUUGCGCGUGUUGCAAGUGAACAACAAUGAGAUCUCCAUGAUCGCAGAUAAGGCGCUGAGUGGUCUCAAGAAUCUGCAAAUACUCAACCUCAGUUCGAAUAAAAUUGUUGCCUUGCCUUCAGAGCUCUUCACCGAGCAAGCUGGCACAAUACAGGAGGUUUACUUGCAAAACAACUCGAUCAGCGUGCUCUCACCGAAACUUUUCUCCAAUCUCGAUCAAUUGCAAGCGCUCGAUCUGUCGCACAAUCAGAUCACCUCAACGUGGAUCGAUCGCAGCACAUUUGUGGGCCUGAUACGUCUGGUGUUACUCAAUUUGGCGCAUAAUAAACUCACCAAACUUGAACCGGAGAUCUUCACUGAUCUCUACACACUACAGAUCUUGAAUCUGCGUCACAAUCAGCUGGAGAAUGUCGCCGCCGAUACAUUUGCGCCCAUGAACAAUCUACACACACUUUUGCUCUCACAUAAUCGUCUCAAAUACUUGGAUGCUUAUGCGCUCAAUGGGCUCUAUGUGUUGUCGCUGCUCUCUUUGGACAAUAAUGCUUUGAUUGGCGUGCAUCCCGAAGCCUUCCGCAAUUGCAGCUCACUACAAGAUCUCAAUUUGAAUGGCAAUCAGUUGAAGACAGUACCGUUAGCAUUGAGAAAUAUGCGCUUGCUACGCACGGUGGAUCUUGGUGAGAAUAUGAUUACUGUGCUGGAGGAUAACGCCUUCAAGGGCUUGGGUAAUCUUUAUGGUCUCCGCUUGAUUGGUAACUUUUUGGAGAAUAUAACAAUGAAUGCUUUCAAAGAUCUGCCGAGCUUGCAGAUACUCAACCUCGCACGUAAUCGCAUUGGCGUUGUGGAGCCUGGCGCCUUUGAGAUGACCUCGAGCAUACAAGCGAUACGUUUGGAUGGUAACGACCUAAGCGAGAUCAACGGUUUGUUCAGCAAUAUGCCUUCCUUACUCUGGCUGAAUAUCUCCGACAAUCGUUUGGAGCAUUUCGACUAUGCUCAUGUGCCCAACACGCUGCAGUGGCUGGAUCUGCAUAAGAACCGUUUGGGCGAGCUCUCCAAUCGCUUCAGCCUCGACACGCAAAUACGUCUGCAGACUUUGGAUGCAAGCUUCAAUCAAAUACAGCGCAUUUCGCCCUCCUCUAUACCGAACUCCAUCGAACUACUUUUCCUCAACGAUAACCUCAUACACAUCGUCGAUCCGGACACUUUCAUGCAUAAGUCCAACCUGACGCGCGUUGAUCUCUACGCCAACCAGAUCAGCACGCUGGACAUCAAAUCCUUACGCAUACUGCCCGUACAUGAGCUGCGUUCGCUGCCUGAGUUCUACAUUGGCGGCAAUCCCUUUACCUGCGACUGCAACAUCGAUUGGCUGCAGAAGAUUAAUCACAUUAAGUCGCGACAGUAUCCACGUAUUAUGGACUUGGAGACCAUCUAUUGCAAACUGCUGAAUAACCGUGAACGCGCCUACAUACCACUCAUCGAUGCGGAGCCCAAGCAUUUCCUAUGCACUUACAAGACACAUUGCUUCGCGGUCUGCCAUUGCUGUGAGUUCGACGCUUGCGACUGCGAGAUGACCUGCCCGACGAAUUGUACUUGCUUCCACGACCAAACUUGGUCCACGAAUAUUGUGGAAUGCUCUGGCGCUGGCUACACACAAAUGCCACGCAAGGUGCCCAUGGACACCACUGAGUUGUACAUCGAUGGCAACAACUUUGCUGAGCUGCCAGGGCACACCUUCCUGGGACGCAAAAAUCUCGCUGUACUCUUCGUUAACAACUCGAAUGUACAGUCGCUGCAUAACACAACCUUCAGCGGUCUCCGUAGGCUGCUGGUGCUGCAUCUCGAGGACAAUCACAUCGCCGAGGUGCGUGGCGACGAGUUCAGCAAUCUGGAGAACCUGCGUGAACUCUAUCUACAGAACAACCGCAUAGCCAGCGUUGGCAAUGGCAGUUUUCAGGCUUUGCGUAAGUUGGAAGUGCUGCGUUUGGACGGCAAUCGGCUGGUGCACUUUGAGGUCUGGCAACUGGCACUUAACCCAUACUUAGUAGAGAUAGGGCUUGCAGACAAUCAGUGGAGUUGCGAAUGUAGUUACUUGAUGCGCUUCCGCACCUACCUCGCACAGACGGCCGAGAAGAUUGUCGAUGCGGCUCGCGUCUCCUGUGUCUACAACAAUGCCACCAGCGUGCUGCGCGAAAAAAACGGCACAAAGUGCACGCUACGCGGCGAUGAGGUCACCACAUAUGCACACGCCAGCGAAAUCGAACAUCUACUGCCGCUGCUCUUAAUCGCCACAUGUGCCUUUGUUGGCUUCUUCGUGCUCAUCUUGGGCAUCUUCUGCUACCGCCACGAGCUCAAACUGUGGGCACAUACAAACUGUCUGCUCAACAUGUGUUAUGCAGGCCGCAAUGCGCACGGUUUCGUCGAGUCGCUGGACAAGGAUCGUCUGUGUGAUGCAUACUUUGCCUACAGCUUACAGGAUGAGCACUUCGUUAAUCAAAUAUUGGCACAGACGCUGGAACAUGACAUCGGCUAUCGCUUGUGUUUGCAUUAUCGUGAUGUGAAUAUCAAUGCGUACGUAACGGAUGCCAUCAUCGAGGCCGCCGAGAGCGCCAAGCAGUUUGUGGUCGUGUUAUCGAAGAAUUUCCUCUACAACGAAUGGACACGUUUCGAAUAUAAAUCAGCAUUGCAUGAGAUGGUGAAGCGUCGCAAACGUCUGGUCUUCAUACUCUACGGCGAUUUGCCGCAACGCGACAUCGACAUGGAUAUGCGUCAUUACUUGCGUACGAGCACCUGUCUGGAGUGGGACGAUAAAAAAUUCUGGCAGAAGCUACGCAUCGCACUGCCGCACAUACGCAAGCGACCAAUCACCGCCAAUUGUCUGGCUACGCGCUCGGCCGUGAACAUUUACGCUUCAGCGCACGAAUACCAGCCCGCAAGCGGCAAUAGCACCGUUGGUGGUGGCGUUGGUCUGCCAAAUGGACACCUCAGCGGUGCAGGCAUCGGCGUUGAUAAGGCGCACUACUCCGACUGCAACAACUAUGCGACCAUUAAUGAUUGUGGCGUUGGCGCGCGCGGCUAUGCGCCCAUACCUACCGCCACUGCUGCCUGCAAGUUCAACACACUCAAUGAGCUCUCGCACAAAAUGCAUAAAAAUGAUUUGCUGAAUAACAUCGGCGGCGCCGGCAGCGGUAUGUGUGGCAUUGGGCUCGGCGGUGGCGCCAAAACGCUCGAUCAUCAUCACCACCUCCGCGCGCAUCAGCAGCACGAGUACGCGGUGCCCGCUUAUUUGGGUACGCUGAGCAACGGCCAUGUGGGCGGCGGUGGUGGCAACGCGCCUACCUACGACAGCGUCGACUACGCCAAGCAGAAGCUGAGCGCCAGCAACAAUUGCGACAACUGCACUGUGGGCACACAGAAACGCGUCACCAAAGGUGGCCUACACCCCAGCUUCUCAUCCAAUUUCACAGCGCCGCCUAACGGCACACUCACAGGCGCUUGCUACAACAGCUAUAACUGCAAGAAACCAUGCAAUUGUGGCGCGCGCAAGCACGCGUCUGCCGCCAGUGAUGACGGCAUCAGCUGUCGCUGUGGCACUGCGAGCAGCGGCGCGCCAAAGGAGUUGGGCACAACAACGGCGGCGCCGACGCCGGCACUGGCUGCGUCUGCGACCACAUGCAGCAGCAAUAGCAGCAACAACAGCGAACGCAGCAGCAGUGUCACCAACAGCAGCAACAAUAGCACCAGCUCAGCGGGUAGCGGCAAUCGGCAACCAACCGAGCAGCUGGCACACUACGAAUCCAGUUUAUCGCUGAACGAGAGCGCAGCACUGAAUGGGCCAUUGUGGGCGUAACAACAACUGGAUUUAGGUGGCGGCAUUGCGGGCGGUAAAACGCGCAUGGCGGUCUGCUUGAAUGUGUAAGCGCGCCCCAAACAAAUUGCCUAGCAAACGCAAUGAAAAUUUCUAUGUAUUUUAAGUGUGUAUGCGUGCGUGUGUAUAUGUGUCAGCAAGUGCUUGAAAUUGUGCGCGUGUGUGUUUUAGUGUAAAAAAUGUAGAGCGCGUCACAGCGCCAGAGACAGACUGUGCAACCAGUGAAUUUAAUUAAACGCCUGCAAGCGCACACAUAUACAUAUGUGUGUGUGUAUGUGCGCCUAUGCGUAUGCAGGCAGUCAGGCAACUAGUAGUUCUUGUAUGUGGGCAGUGAAUGUGAAUUGUUGAGGACACUUGCUGUGGCAUGUGUUGCAGCGACUCGCACAAAUAUGAGACUUUGUAAAAAGUAGCAUACCAAAAGCAAAACUAGCGAACUAAAAACAGAACAGAAAAGCAACCAAACAAACACAAAACAAAGCAAACAAACAAACUACGUAAAACCGCUAACUAGUUCUAGUUACUUAAAUUAUAAUUAUUAAAUUAAACUUAAAUUAUUACUUAACACUAAGCACUUAGCAAAGCGAGGCAGGCAAACUGAACAAAAUAAGAUAAAAUAAAACAAAUGAUUUUCACUAGCAUUAGAAUUUACCAUAUAGCGGUUAAUAAGUGUGCUUGUGUGUGUAUGCGUGCGUGUUUAUUGUAUAUGCGUGUAUAUAUAAAUUUAAAUAUAUUUGAUUUCUUUUUGGACUUCAAAAUAGCAAAACGAUAAAGUUUGAAAAUUUAAAUAUAAAAAAAUUAAAAUUGUUAAAUAGACUGAUAAAAUUAGUUAUUACGUUUAAGUUUCUUAUUAAAACUAAUUAUUAACAAACAAAAUGCAAAAUACAAAGACAACUAAAAACAUUUUAAAAUAAGUGAAAAAUGCAAAAUAAAGUUGAGAAUCUAUUAUUGGCGCUUGAACAAAAUUAAAAAAUAUUGUUUUUCUCAUUUAAUUUGGCAAAAUUUUUAGGGAAGCGAUAUUUUGCAGUUGAGCAAACAAAUUGUAUAAGGUUUGGGUAACUUAUAUAAUAGAGAGAGAGGGUGUGUGGUGAAAUAAAAAAAUAUUUUUGUUUUGUAAUUUAAAAAGCAGUUGAAAGGCUUAAUGUUAUAUUGAAAACGAUUUUCAUAUAUUUAUUUACUUUUUAUAUUUUAAAUAUUUUUAAUCCUUGACUACAGAGGCUUCUAACAUCUAAUUAUUUUUGAUUUUGUACUUAGAGGCUUCAAAUAUUUAGUAAUUCUUUAUCUAUAGCAUUAAAUUUUUCAUUAAAGUAAAGUAGUUAAAUUUUUUUUCAGUUUAAAUGUAUUUUAUUUAGAAAAUGAUUUAAGAACUGUUUCCGGAUUUAACAGCUUUUCAAAUGCAAUUUCCCUUCAUAUAGGUUAUUUAAAAUAUUUUUUUUAACAUUUCCCCAAAUAAGAGGAGAAAAAGUAAGCUAUAAAAUAAUAAUGGAAGACUUCAAAAUAUUUUUCAAAAGUGUGACUUCGCAGCUUAAUGAAAAAAUUCGCCAACAGCGCUUAAAGGUAGGCAAUAAUAAAAGUAACUGCAUACUUUUGGGAUUGGCGCAACCGAUUAGCAAUUUUUGUACUUUUUUAUGUCAAAUUAUAUUAAAAAAUUUUAGUGCAUUAUGAAAGCUUUCUCGUAAUUAAAUAAUUUAAAAAUAUUUUUUUUUUUCUAAGUUAAGAAAUGAGUUAGAAACAGUUACCAGAUUCAACAGAUUUGCAGAUACAAUUUACGAUUAUUUAAACUAGUAAAUCACUCCCUAACAUUACAUGUGUACAAAUUAGCCAUAAAUGUUUAGUUUUCGAAAUACGCUUUAAAGUGCCAUUUUUUAUUUAAUUAGUAAAAUCGCUAACAGCGCCUAAAGGUAGGCACCAUUUAAAGUAAUAGCAUACAGUAAUAACAUAACAGUAAUCUUUUAACACAGACAUUUUUCAAAAAAUAAGCAGAAUUUGAAAAAAAAUUAUAGCUUUGAUUACACUACUCAACAAAAAAAAAUAUUUGAAAUAUUUAUAAUAAAGAAAAUUAUUUCUUGGGUUUUUGUUUUCAUGCUCAAAUUCUGAUUCGAUACAUUGGAAAAUGUAAUCUUUUUAGUCUUCGAAAUAUGCUUCAUAAGUUAAAUUUUUUUAUUUAAUGACAAAAUUUGUUUACUGCGCCUAAGGGUAGGCAGCAUAAAAAUUAAUAGCAAACCUUUAGGAUUGGCACAUGAAGAAAACAUUUAUUGGUUUCAUGUUCAAAUUCUAAUUCUCAACAUUGAAAAACACUGAGAUUUUAAUUUUUCGCUCUUAAAGUUCGCUUUUGCCUAAUAUAAAUGGCAUUGAUUUUCCUAUAGAAAAAUAAAUACAAUACGAAAAAAAGUUUUGCAAAAGCAAAACUUAUGGAAGAAAAAUUUCCCUUAUUUUUAUUUGUACUAGCAGAAACUGAAAUUUAACAUGCAGAUGUUAGACUCAAAAAUAUGUUAUUGGCGCAAAAAAAGCAAUCGUGUCGAGCGGUGCUUGUGAUUUUUUACCUCAAAUUUGCUUUUUUAAUACAAUUCUUAUUUUAUUUUUCCUACUGAAAUAUAUAUUUAUAAAUUUUUAUUAAUUUCUAGCCUUAACUAGUUUCAAUACACGUUUAUUUUUUUGCUUAGCAUACUUUUUGGCAUUUAUUCACUUAAGUAACAAUAUUUCGCUUUUAUAUGAAUUUUUCAGUUAAAAUAUCAGAAAUAUUAGGGUACAAGAAAUAUAACUGUACCUUCUGUUCAAUAUAAUAACUAAAUUUUUCGUAGCAUACUUUUAGGCAUAAUACCAGCUAAACUAUAAUACAUUCAACAUUUCAUUGAUUUUGCUUGUUUUCAAUAGCUGAGCUCAGAUAUGAUUCUGCUGCUCUUCUGACAUAUGUUCAUAGUAUUUUAAAUUACAGUUUAUGCUCUCAAAUAUUAUAAUUUUACGGAGUUACAUUAAAAAAAAUCGCAAUCUGUUGUUGUCUUCGUUUUACAAUAAUAUUGUAUAUACUUAUAUUAAAAAAUUACAAACACUAUUGCAAGUAUUUUUAAAGAAAUAUCAGGAAAUUACGUUGCAGAAGUUUACUUACAUGUAACGCAGCAUACAAACAGGCACCUAUAAGGCCUGAUAAGCGUUAGCAGUCACCUAUGGCGCAUUUGCCUUUUAAAUUAAACUCUUAUGUUACUAAAUUCUGCGAAACAUUGCGCACAUAACUUUAAAACCUUCGCUACUUUCCGCUAAACUAAUUUUCACUUUUUUCCGCCAGUCAACACAAAUGCUUUUAAAUAAUUCAUGUGCAUUGUCGAAGCGCUUUAUAUUUUUAUGCGGUUUAUUUAUUUUUCGCUUGUGAAAGCACAAAUAAAUGUUUGCCAAAAAAAGGCAAACAAAAUAGGCAAAAAGCACGCAUAAUUCCGCACUUGAAAAUAAUUUAAUUAGUUAACUGCUAGACGAACUGUAAAAACAAACACACGCAUACAUGCAGCGUGAGUUAAGCCACAAAAAUGCUGCUAAAAAUGUGCGAAAAUAAAUAUGCGCACAAAACAAAAACUCAACUAAAAAAAAAUAGAAAUAAAAUUACAAAAAAUGCGCAAAAAUUGCGCUUAAAAAUAGUGAAAAUUUUUUUAGCUAACUGAGAAAGCGCAAUUGCAGCGGCUUGCCCACACACGCAUAUUUGUGGCCAAUGCACCAAGCAUUUCAGUAAAAUUUAUAAACACUUCUACAAAAAAAUUCUUCUAGAGUAUUUAUUAAUACUCUAUACGUUUUUUUAGCAGUUCAAGAAUUUCAGCGAAUUAAUUUUGUAGACUGUAGCAGCCAUUUUACGCUUUAGUAAUUAGUGACUGCAUUAAAAAAGUAUAACAUAUACAAAAAAUAUUAAUAAAUAAUAAUUAUUGCUAAGUAAAGUUUGUUUUUAAUGUUGGCUUUUAAUAUUUUCAGUUUGAGUUAUUACUAUCUUAAAAAUUCUAUAAAUAUUUUUAUUAGUACUUUUUUCUAUUAACAACUCAGAAAGAAAUUUUAUCCUCAUAUGACAGAAAAAGUCCGGUUGAUCUGUUGAACGUUGAGUUAUCAAUCAGGGACUCUUUCUAUCGUAUUUUUAUGAGCUUGAGAGAAGGCCAAAUUUUUAGUAUUUUUUAACUUAAAUUCGAGAAGCCCAAAGCAAAAUUUCUACGAAUUUGAAAUCGUGUUUAGUUCAUGUAAUUUUAAUGAAACUAACAAAGAAAAAAAUAUAUUUUCCAUGGUCUCAUCUAUUACUAACAAUAUUAGACCAUGUUAUUAUGACACAUACAAAAGGGGUGGUCGAAAUAUUAAUUAAAUUCAAAUGAUUUUCUAUUGCGAUCUCACAGUUUUCAUGAUUCCAUCUGCGUGAUUGGCUGUUGGCUCACUAAUUCCUAUAUUUUUUUUUCCUAAAAUACAUAACAGCCCUAAAGAGCUUCAACCUGGGAGAGAUAAUAAUAGUAUUAUUUCUUAUUUUUAUCCUUGAUCAUUUCUUCAUAGUCCUUAUAAUGUUCCUACGCUAUUCUGUGUGACAUAGAAGAAAAAUAGUUUUUGUUCUUAUUCAUGACAUAAAGAGUAAAUGUUCAAGAAAUUAUAGAUCUUUAUAGAUCUCUACGAGUAUGUGGGCACCCAUUGUUUCGGUAUGUUUUUGGUAUGCGACUUGACUUAAAUUCUUUAAAUCGCCUAAUUGUAGGCAACAUUUUCAUCAAUGGCCUUGGAAUAUUCUCUCAUCGAUCAUUUUACAGUGCUCCAACGCUUUUCUGUUUUACAUAUAGGAAAAAAUUGUUCUUUGCUAUUGCUCAGGUCAUAAAAACGUUAUUGUUCAAGAAAUUAUAGAUCUCAAGCCAUAUGUUUUCAAACAUUUAAGCGGGCGGCCACUUUUGGGUUAUAUUUUUGGUAUGCGACUUGGCUUACAUUUUUCAGUCCGCAAAUUGUAGGCAACAUUUACAUUACAGACCUUGAAAGUAGACGGUUAUAUUUUCGACAAAUUUGUGGUUUGCCUUAGCUUAAAUUCUUCACUGCUUCUAACUACUGACAACAUUUUUAUAUUCUGAAAAAGGAAAACCAUCUUUUUGGUACAUUUGAGGUGCGUGACUUCGCUAAAAUUCAUUACUGCGCCUAAUUGUAGGCAACAUUUUCAUCUCCACAAAGAGGGCAAUAAUUUUUUUGAUAUAUAUAUUAUUAAGGCUAAUAAUACAGUCCAUUAGUCUUCGCCUAACGGUAGGCAAAAUUGUCAUAAGUGGAUAAAAAAUUUUUUGCCUAAUAUAAGUUGCGCGACUCAGCUAAAAUUCCUUACUUCGCCUAAUUGUAGGCCAGAUUUUCACUUUUAUGGAAAUAGGUUUUCAAAAAAAUUUAUAAAAAUUUUCUUUCGUUGUGAAGAUAGUAUGUAGCUCAAAAAAUAUGUUCUACAUUAUGCCACAAAACAGUUUUAAUCCUUCAAAAUGAAAAAAAUUAUGCUUCCAAUUACCCUAAGUUUACAAAUAUAUUUAAAAGCGAUAAUUUGAGAGCGAGCUUAAAGCAAAAUGUCUGCUGAAAAAUAUGAAAAGUCUAAAAGAAUCACAUUUUAAAGAAAAAGGUAUGAUUUUUUUUUCAUAUUUAGCUUGAAUUUUAUUUUGCUUUAAGUUUUCAAAACUUAAAAAAUCUAUAUAAUUUUAAUUAAUUUUUUUUUUUGCACUCAAUCGCUGUGUGUGUGUGUUCGAAUUUGUAAAAAUAACUUAAAUAAACCUAUAAAUAACUAAGCAAGUCUGUGAAUAGCAAGAAAAAGAAGUGAGUGUGGAAAAUAAAAUAUUCGCAAGCAACGAAUUGAUAGCAAAGUAACUAAUUACAUUUAAUCAAAUUUUAAUUUAAUUAUACAAAUAUACAGCAAAUUUUGUGCGUGAAAAUAAUUUUGUAUUGUAAAUAUGUAUAUUAGUGCUGUAUACGCUAGCUUUACAAAUGCAAUAAAUUUUAUUAAUUUUGUUUAUAAAAAGCAAAGCAAUGACACUAAACAAAAUAUUUUUAAUUAAAUUAAAAUUAAUAAUUUUCAAAAUAUAUAUUUUUUACCUUUUUCUAUAACUAAAAUAUAUAAUUUUUAAAAAACUCAAACACUAACACACGCAAUGUUGUAUUUGUAAUGCAAAGCAAGCUACUAAUUAUUCGCUUUUUAGUUCCUAUUUAUAAUACGCGAAGUGCUAGCGAGUGUAAGAGAAAGCUAGCAGGCAAGUAGAGUGAGUGAAGAGUGGCAGAGCUGAGCGAGCGCGAGAGAGAGAGAGUGUGUGGACUUAUGAAACAGCAAAUAUACACUGAAGAAACUAAUAAUAGACCUAGCAUUAAAAUAGCAAAGCUCGACUCACUCGACACACUUAAGACAUAAGCGAAAAUGUGAAUUAAAAGAUACAAUACUUAUAUAUACUUACACCUAAAUAUAUAAACUUAAGUUGUUUAACUACUAAAUAAGUGCGUUUUAAAGUUUUUCUUUUGUAUAAAGUAUGAAAUCAUAUUAUUACGUACGUAUUAAUAAUAAUAAAAGAAAAAUAAGUCGAUAAUAAAUAAAUUAAAAAGAGAAAAUACAAAAUAAUUAAAAUAUGCAAUUCGAAGAGAACAAAUAAAAGUAAAGAUUUAUUCAAAAAGCAUACGCGCCUGGCAAGUUGUGGGUGCUGCGAUUAAUGAUUCUCAA